AUGCCUGAGUGGCACUCCCGUCGUCAUGACCAGCCACACUCAAGCUCAUACCACACGCCGCGGGGACAGUGGUAUGGGCAUGGUGGCAAAGGUGGUGGCAAAGGCCACGGAAAGCAUCACGGCUACUCACAGCGCUUCAGCCCCUACAGCAACGGCCGGGGAGGAGGACUGGAACAGGCAGUUUCUCGUUCCUUCCAGACUGCGCUUAGCUCAACGCUGGAGUGUGCCAUUUCUGAAGGCUUUGCAAUGCUCACCUCCAGGUUGACCAACGGUGUGGAGCAGCAACAGCUGCAGCAACACAGCUCUCCCCCUGCCAGAGCCGGCAGUGCGCUUACUCGUGCGGUUGUGGGCCUCUUCGGUGGUGCGAACAAGGAGACUGCGGAGCCCAAGCCUCCUUUGCCACAGUCUACCAGCCCAGAGGCCCAAGACGCCAAUAACGCAGCACUGCAGAUGGCUCUUGAGCAGCAGUCCCAAACCAUGCAGUUCAUGAUGGAGUUCAUGAAGUCCUCACAGGAGAAGAGUGGUGAUGCUGGGGUGCCCACAGUCGUUGCGGCUGACAACACAGAACUUGACAAAGAUGCGGCGAUCAAGCAGUUGCAGGCGCAGGUUGCGGGUUUGGCAAAGCAGCUUGCUGAGAAGUCUGGCAAGGCAAGUGCUCCGACGGCAGGCAAGAACCUCCGCCAGACUGAGCUCCCUUUCAAGCCAGUGGGGUACCUCAAGUGUAUGGCUAUGGGAUAUCUAAGGAAACUCCCGUAUGCAGAUGGAAGGCCUACAGGAAAGUACUCCACUGUCUAA